CAGCAAACAACACCACCGUCAUGAUGUGUUGAGGCAAAGAGAGAGUCGAAUUAUUUCAGUCUAUGGUAUCUUGUAUAAUGAAUAUGGAACAGUCUAUUACAUCAAUGGAUCACUUAGAUAAUGAUAUUGUUGAGAUAAGUCAUUCAGACACAAGCCAGUCACAGUUACCAGAAAUGGAAAAACUGGCAUGUGAAAUAAUUAGUGAUGAUGAAGUUCWAAUCAUAUGUGUGAAGAAGCAAGACAAACAUAUUCAGCCUCUUAUAAAAAUUGAAAGUGGUGAUGAAGAGGUAGAGAAGAAGGAGGAAAAGCAUAUGUCUGGGGUUGGGAAGUCUUUAGUAAUGACAGAAGAAGGAGAGGGUAGUAUAAACGACGAGUAUGACUGUGAUCCCCAAUCCAAAGCCGACACCAGAUGCAAUAGUCCAAGAGAUGUCACUUGUUCGAUAUGCCUUGGAAAAUUUGACAACAAGUCCUUUUUGGAUCAAUGUUUUCAUGCAUUCUGUUUCUACUGUAUCCUACAGUGGUCUGAGAUUGUUAGAACAUGUCCAUUAUGUAAAGCGAGCUUUUCAUCUAUUAUACAUUCCGUUAAAUCCAUGAUGGAAUAUGAGUUGCAUAGGCUUCCUGCUCAAAGACAGCAUUCAAAACAGAAAAGUAUUGGUGUUAGGAGUAUGGGUCAUAUUAUAACUGUGGAUGAUAAUGCACAUCGUUCUCAACAAGAUAAUGCUGCUAGGUCUUCAAAUUUGAGGGAAUGGAGGACACACAGAAGGGAGAGAAGGAUUUCAUUUGCCAGGAAGAAACAAGCUGAAGCAAAGAAAAAGCGAAAAUCAAUUUAUGCCAAUAAUCUUUGGGUCCAGAAGGUAACACAAAGGGGUCGUGCAAGAUUCAGAGACACUUCACCACAGUUUUUUCAUGAUAACCCUGCUUGUACGCAUCGCCUGGUUCCCUGGUUAACACGUGAGUUAAGCUGCUUACUGGAUGAGGAUCAUAGACAUGUGGACUUCCUCGUGCAGCUGAUUAUGACUCUUAUAACAAGACUGGAGAUUGUGUCAGAGGAAUUCAUCCAGCAACUUUAUCCCUUCCUCUUUGAGAACACUCAUCACUUUGCACACGAGUUUUUGAGCUUUGCCCGUUCCCCCUACGACAUGCCUACUUACGAUGAGCGGGCUCAGUACGAGUGUCUACGAACAAACGGCAAUCAAGACACAUCUGCAACUCCGUUCAUUGUAAAUACCAGCAUCACAGGUUGGGAUUCGCCAGACGAGUUUGGUACAUUACCUUUAUCUCCCUCGACGAGUUCCCCAGGACCUUCUGGUCUUUCUGGAUCAACGUUAUUCUCUAAUAGGAGCUGGUCUCCUCCGCUUACAAGUGAACCGCAUCCACUCACUGAUGACUCCACUAGUGCAGAGAGGCUUUUACAUCAGGAAGUUACAAUUCAUAGAACUUUUUCUUCGCCAAAUCAAAAUAUUUCUGAUUUUCAGAAAUUGAGCCAUCAACUUAAAGGUAAAGGUAAACGCUGUUCAAAUAAAAGUGACAGUACCACUACCGGUUCAAAUGCUAUUACGAUAUCUUCUUGGGAAUCAGCUGCAGAAAGCCAUUCUGACAUUGUAGUCUCGAGUGAGGAGACAAGCUCUCCUAGUGUAAGUCAGGUAAAAGAAGAAAACCAUACACCUAAAAGUAUUAAGAAAUGGAAGCGACGUUCUUCGAGUGAUCUAGAAUGCUCAUCACUCUCACGAUCGAAGUCACUUCAAGAUUACCACAACACUAGGUCGAAAAAGUUUCGUCGAAAACACUCACAUGAURAUCGAUAUCGCAAAUCGCGAUCUCCUUCUCGAGUAUCAAGGCGACCAAGAAGAAGAACUGUGAGAUCGAGAUCACCUGCAGCUGCUCCUUCAGGAUGUGAUUCACCUGAUUUGUUAGCUAGUACAGUAAAAGGCAAGUGCGAAAGGCCUUCUACACCCACGGAAGAAGAAAUUAAGCGGGAAAUUUCAGAACUUGAAAGAAAAAUUGCCGAUGAUACAAAGAGACUCACGGAGCUUCUCGAAAAACAAGAAAAAAGAAGACUGGGUAAUGUUAGUGUAUCUACUAAGGUAUUAAGCACUACUGAAGAUAGUGGCACGGAUGAACUAAGUAGGUAGACCGGCUCACUGACAUUUCAAAUUACUAAAGAAUUUGAGACGGUUUAUUUGGACACUUUAUAAAUUACUUAUUUCCCCGUCGGGAUACAUUUAGCUAGUGUCACGUAGUCAUCUUUCAACCAGUGAGAGUGUUCGUUAUAUCGGAAAAUUUCGUAACUAUAUAACAAUCACCGAUAAUCACAUCGCCUUCAAAAAAUGAUUGUUGAUUAUUAUUGAUAAAUUCAGAACUAAGAUGUCUAAACUAGAACAUCGCGGUGCAACUAUCGUCAGGUUUUUGGAAAUAUUUUUUAAUGAAUUAAAUAAAAAAGUGUUAUAUCCGCACAAUUCAUUGGUUGACUAUGCAUUAAAACAAUUACCCAACUCACUCUCGUCGUACAUGAUCUUUACCCGGUUGACUCAGUUUGUUGAGCAUCGGACUUUCGUACGGGAGGUCGAGGUUAAAGCUUCGGUCGAACCAACACUCGGGGUCUUAAAAUAACUGAGUAGAAGAAGCUGCCUAUAAAAACUACAAAUGGUUGACCUACACGUGGCGCGGAUGACCACGUUAAAUGGCGGUCUCAACCUGCAACGGAGGGACGUAAAAGAACCACCGAGGGCGUAAAGAAACCCUGGCAGUGACCACCCUCAGUGUCUGGCUUUUACUUAUGAUUUCUUGGGUUGAUUGUGGGAUGGGUAUGGGGAUUUAACGGGGUUGGAAAUUGGUGCAAUGUACCUCGAAGGAGUCCUAUUGUCUAGCAGCAGCCUGCGGGCAAAAACAAACACAAAUAAAAUAGCCAACUCGGCCAGGAGACUUCGUGGAAUAGUUGCUAAAUAUAUAAAGCUAGUAGCAUAUUGAUCCGCAACCAGUAUACUGCGGGCUACUAAUCAAUGGCUUUUACUCCUUGAAUGAUGAAAUAAAUAACUUCCUUGAAA